CCUGGACCCAACCAGCUGAUAGGCGUCUGAAGCAAAACAUUGAACAUUUAUUUGUUGAUUUCCAUAAACUUGUAUAAAAAGAUGGACUAUAAUAUCCACAAAAUUUGUCGAGUUUGCCUGGAGGAACUGCAUCCUGUAACUUCGAUUUAUAGCACAGAUUUUGCUAUGAUGCCCUCCGUAAUGUUGAUGCAAUGCGCAAAAAUAAGAGUUUUUAAAACCGAUGGCCUACCUUCGGUGAUCUGCAACAACUGUAUUUACCGUCUGGGAGUAGCCUUCCACUUCAAGCAGGAAUGCGAAAACAGCGAUCUUCGGCUAAGGCAAUAUCUAGGCAUUCUGGAGUCCUGGCGUCAGGAUGCUGCCACAAACACGGACUUCGUACAGAAGACGAUGCUUCCUCAGCGCGACAGCGAUGAGGAUGAGCCGGUGGAUGCCAAAAUAAGCAAGAGGCGGUCACGGUAUCAAAGGAAGCCUCCAGAAGAACACAAAAAACGGGGGCCAAAACCUGUGCCAAAGAUGCCUCACACCUGCUAUGAGUGUCACAAAAGCUUCAAGUGCAUUGCCCAACUAACACAGCAUAUAAGAACACAUACGGGCGAGAAACCAUACCAAUGCAGCUUUUGCAUCCAGAGAUUCGCCCAGAAGUACAAUCUCAAGGUCCACGAACGAACGCACACGGGCGACAAGCCUUUUCAGUGUGAGAUCUGCUCCAAGCAGUUUUCGGCGCUAGGAAACUUUCAGGCGCACCAAAAGAUUCAUUUAGGAGUGCGAGAUCAGGUAUGCUCGCUCUGUCAGAAAGGUUUCUAUACAGCCGGUGAUCUCGCCAAGCACAUGAUAACCCAUACGGGCAUCAAAAACCACCACUGCGAUGUCUGCGGCAAGGCUUUUAGCAGGCGAAGAGACAUGCGGACGCAUAAAUUGAAACUUCAUCCUUUGGAAUCCAGUAGAAACCAUGAUAUAGUGGACGAUGAUGAUGAUGAGGCUAUAGACACGGAUCCCGUGGGUCUGGAUACCCUUGAUCACGCCCAUUUCAAGUGCCCGGAUUGUGACAAGGCUUUUGAUACGGCGGACAGCCUAAGUCUCCACUUCCGCACACAUGCGGCAAAUAAUAAUCUACUGAAUUUGCCAUUGCCUCCUGCACCGCCCAUGUCGCAUCACUACCAUCACGAUACACUGCAUCAUCUCGGACCACCGAAUCCCGCCACACAAAUGGGAAUGGCUGCAAUGGCUCACAUGUUGGCUCCGCCGCCGCCUCCACCGCCAACGCCUAGUGAAGGGCGUUACACUAUGCUACACCAUACGGCAGCUCAAAGACUACAUUACUAGAAA